AUGGCUUCGGAAAUCACUUAUGCUGAAGUGAGAUUCAAAAAUGGAUCCAAGUCCUUAGGCACCAACUCAGACUCUCCUGCAGCUCCCAAGGAGAGGACCAUCCUUCACAAAAGUAAUCCUGGUUUUUCCAAGCUGCUGUGUGCCUCACUGCUGAUACUCUUCCUGCUAUUGGCAAUCUCAUUCUUUAUUGCUUUUAUCAUUUUCUUUCAAAAACACUCUCAGUUUAUUGAAGGAAAAAAGACUACAAAAGAGUCGAUUCAUACAAAAUUGGUGUGUGAGAAAGAAAAUGUGACCACAGAAGAGAAAGUCUGGAGCUGCUGCCCAGUGAAUUGGAAGCCAUUUAGUUCUAGCUGCUACUUUAUUUCAACUGCACCAAAACCUUGGAGUGAGAGUGAGAAGAACUGCUCUAGAAUGGAGGCUCACCUGCUGGUGAUUAACACCGAGGGUGAACAGGAUUUCAUCAUCCAGCAUCUGAAAACAAAUUUUGCUUAUUUUGUGGGACUGUCAGAUCCAGAGGGUCAGAAUCACUGGCAAUGGGUUGAUCAGACACCAUACAACAAAAAUCUCACAUUCUGGCAUCGAUGGGAGCCCAGUAAUUCCGCGGAACGUUGCGUUAUGCUAAAUUACCGUGGGGUGCCCAGGAAAUGGGGGUGGAAUGAUAUUCGUUGUUCUGAUGAACAAGGUUCAGUUUGUGAGAUGAUGAAGAUACACUUGUGA